UUCGCCUCUCACAUUCAAUCGGAGAACAACUCAGGUUGGUUCGUACAUUCCUGAAAACGAAAGUCUACCUGGCUGCCUUCACGAAACCCACCCAAAAUGACCCAAGCACUCUUUGUGACUAUGUGCUUAGUACUUUUUCAGCAUCAAGGGAGCUCAACAAAGGAACUACCUGGGGUAAAGGACUUUGAAGUGGUGUACCCACAAAAACUCCACAUGUUGCACAAAAGAGAUGUUGGAGGAAGUCAGAACCCUCACAAAAAGGCCAAGUAUGACGAUACAGUACAAUACGAAAUUCAACUGAACGGAGAGAAAGUGCAUCUUCACCUAGAAAAAAAUAAGGAGCUUUUCUCAAGUGAUUACACUGAAACUCAUUACUCCCCCGAUGGCAAGGAAAUCACAACAAGUCCACAGACUGAGGACCACUGCUAUUACAAAGGGCACAUUCCCAACGAUGCUGGAUCUGCUGCAAGCAUCAGUGCAUGCAGUGGUUUGAGAGGGUAUUUCAAGAGUCGUGGAAAGAGGUAUCUUAUCGAACCUUUGAAGGCCUCAAAGCGUGAUGCCCAUGCGGUCUUCAGAUAUGAGAGUUUGGAAAAAGAAGAUGAGACACCCAAGGUCUGUGGGGUAACCAACACUACUUGGCAAUCGGAUGAGCCCAUCAAAAAGACCUCCAGGAUGAGCACAAGUGCAGAGAAGCAAGCAUACUUGAAGGCCAGAAAAUACGUUGAACUAUACAUAACUGUAGACAACACAGUGUUCAGGAAGUACAGCCGCAAUAUGACUGGCGUAAGGACAAGAGUGUUUGAAAUAGUCAAUUACAUAAACUUGGUUUACAAAGCCAUAAACAUCCACAUUGCAUUGAUUGGCCUAGAAAUUUGGUCCGAUGGGGAUAAGAUCGUUGUGAACUCUUCAGCGGGUUCAACUUUGGACCGAUAUUCAGAAUGGAGACAGAAAGUUCUGCUGAAGCGGAAACGGAACGAUAACGCUCAGUUACUCACGGGUAUAGAUUUUGAUGGACCAACAGUCGGACUAGCCUUUGUGGGAACCAUGUGCAACCCUGCCCAUUCCUUGGGAGUUGUUCAGGAUCACAACACAAAUGCAAUUGCUAUCGGUGCUACCAUGGCUCAUGAAAUGGGCCAUAACUUCGGGAUGAAUCAUGACACAAGUUUUUGUAAGUGCAGCUCAGAAUCCUGCAUCAUGGCAGCACAACUCAGCUACAAAACCCCCCGGGAUUUCAGCUCAUGUAGUCUCCAAGAUUUUCAGAAAUACAUCAUGGAGCGAACCCCAGCAUGCAUCAUCAACAUGCCACCACCAAAGGACAUCAUUUCAACCCCAGUCUGUGGGAAUGACUUUGUUGAGGAAGGAGAGGAAUGUGACUGUGGCUCUCCGGAGGAGUGCCAAAAUGGCUGCUGUGAUGCUGCAACUUGUAAAUUGAAGCCUGGAGCAAAAUGUGGAUAUGGGGAGUGUUGUGAGAACUGCCAGCUUCGGCGAGCAGGAGCAGUGUGCAGGCCGGCAAAGCAUGACUGUGAUCUGCCAGAAGUGUGCACUGGUCACUCUCAUCAAUGUCCUGCUGAUCACUUCCGGAUGAAUGGCCACCCAUGCAGAAACUACCAGGGUUACUGCUACAUGGGGAAAUGUCCCACCUUGCAGAACCAGUGCAACUCUCUUUGGGGAGCGGGAUCUACAGUGGCUAUAGAUUCUUGUUACAAUAUCAACCGGAAAGGGGUUUACUAUGGCCAUUGCAGAAAGGCAAAUGGUACAUACCUCCCAUGUGGAACAAAAGAUCUAAAGUGUGGCAAGUUAUAUUGCUCUGGUGGUUCAAGGAUGCCUUCAGUUGGAAGCUUAGUAUCGUUUGAGACAUGUAAAGGCAGUUUUCCGAGCACAGGCGAAGAAGAUGGAGGAAUGGUCGCUCCUGGAACAAAAUGUGGAGAAGGAAAGGUCUGCAACAAUGGGCAAUGUGUUGAGAUUGAGAGAGCCUACAGAUCUACCAACUGUUCUGACAAAUGCCCAGGACAUGCUGUAUGUGAUCAUGAAUUGCAAUGCCAGUGUGAAGAAGGGUGGGCACCACCAAAUUGUGAUGACCCUACUGGAAACAGAUAUAUCAUCAUCAUUGCUGCUGUGCUGGUGGUCCUUGCGGUCACAGCGGUCGUCACUGCAAUCUUUUUCCGUUACCGAAUUGUAAAUAAGAAACAAAUACCAAGCACCCACAAGAGCGCACCUGGAGCAACAAACCUGGCCUUCUCCGAUCAAGAACAGAAGAGAAGGCAGCAUAUUGGCCCUGUGCCUGGACCUCCAGAGGUCAAGUCUACUAGAUUUCUUCUCCCUCCUCCUCCACCCCAAGCAAAUAAACCACCAGUUUGUGUUAACAUUCCAAGUGAACAAUUCAGCCAUACCCCAACCUUUUAUCAAAAUGCAAAAACGCCCAUCGUAAAGCCGAAUAUCCCUCCACCUCCAAUUCCAACCGCCAAGCCAGGCUUAUCUCCUGUCACUGGCAAUGCAGCCGCAGCACUGAAGACUGUUCCAGCUCCCCAAUUCAAGGCUAAGGCACCACCUCCACCUCCACCCCAGGCACUGAAACCCCCGAGCAAUCCCAAAGUAUGAAGCAAAGUGGAAGACCAUACCUGUUCGUAUUCUUUGAUUUCAAGGAAGCUUUUCCAUUUUCUGGGUGCCUCCUUCUACAAAAGAAACAGAAUAACCGAUUUCUUCGAAG